UUUGUCACGUCUUACACUGUUAUACUCAUCAUUGUUGAUCUCUUAUGAGUAUCUUUUCUAAUUGGUCAGUAGGUAAAUAUAGAUACUUCAUGUCCAGUGCCGAGUUUGUUUAUGUCUGCGAUAGAAUUGUAAGUUGCAUUCGUCUCUUUCUUUGUCAGUCUGCUACAUCCCAGUGGUUGGUGAUGAUGUAUCCUUAGAGUAUUGUACUUAGUUUAAUUCGUGAUCAAACGCAAUCUAACCAAAUUAUCUGCGAUAAAAAAAUUCAUUGUGAAAGUUUUUGUGUUUGCCAUUUUGUGUCUGUGUUCUGUGUUUUAUAGUUGGAAUACAAACUGAUACAUACAGAAUUAUAUUUUUUUGUCAGCGCAUCCACGAGUUUAACCAAGUUUGAAGUUUUUGAAGGCAGUUUUUGUUUCAUCUCAGACUCAGGUUACAAAAAGUUGAAGCUCAGAGAAGACCAAAUCACUGAAGUACAUGAUAUCCGCCCCUAAUAAGUACCAGAUAAAUUGUUGAUACAUACAUGAUUCCAAAUUUGAAUCAUGUCGUCGAAUGAAGCUAGCGUUUCAACGUGCACAUCCACUGAAGAUUUCUGGUGUAGUACAGCUGAAUUUCACGAAGCAGAGUUUGUUUGGAAAAUAAGUGAUUUCAGUUCUCUCGACGACAAGGGUGAACGGAUAAAAUCUGAAACAUUCUCAUCUCCUACAAACGAUAAAUUUAUAUGGUAUUUGGAUUUUAACUUCAGAGGCUUUAAUAAGGAAACCGAUAUAUUUCGUGUAUAUCUAAACCUGAGUAACAAAAGCGAAUCUGAAACUGAAAGAGUAUUCGCAAAAUACACAUUUUCCAUUUUGAAUAAUGAAGAGGAAAAAAACUAUAAGCCUAUACCGAAUUUUUUGGGUCAUGAAUUCGGCAUUGAUGGUGAUGAUGAUAAUUGGGGUUGGGAUGAUUGUCCCAAGAAAAACAAAACUUUCAGAAGUGAAUUCUUACAAAAUGAUACGUUAAUGAUUUCAUUCCAGAUGAUAUUUUUCGAAUUGAACGACAGAAAUAUAGCUAGUAUGUUUCACCGUUGUAACACUAUUCAUCUUAAACAACUUUCCGAUAAUUUGGCUUCGGUUCUUGAGAAUCCUAAUUUUGCAGACUUCUCGAUUUCAGCAAAUGGUAAAAAUUAUCAGGUUCACAAAGCUAUUUUGGCUGCGCGUAGUACCUAUUUCGCCAAGAUGUUCGAAAGUGGCAUGAAAGAAAAUCAACAAAAUCGUGUAGAAAUUACCGAUGUAAGUGAAGACAUUAUGGACGAAAUGUUGAAAUUUAUUUACACCGGAGUAUGUGAAAAUUUGGAUAAAUUAGCCGACGACUUAUUAAUCGCUGCUGACAAGUAUGAUAUAGGUCAUCUGAAGAAGGUUUGCGUAGAGUCGAUUUACAGUAAGUCUUUAUGUGUAGAGAAUGCGCUGAAUACAUUGAUAUUGGCGGACCAGUAUAAUGCGAAUAAACUUAAAUCAAUGGUGAUUGACUUUAUCGUAGCUAAUUCAUCUGAAAUAAUGGAGUCGGCUAAAUGGAAUGAAAUUAUGCCAAUGUAUCCUCAUCUCUUGAACAGUAUAUGUCAGGCGAUGCGGCAGUUUCUCGUAAUACCAAAAACUAAGUAGGCGUAAUUCUACUGAAUAUGUAAUCAGUAAUACCUGUAAUAAUUUUACCUAAUUUUUAAGCUUUUAUUUUAGUGUUUCUUACUCUUACAGCUUAAACCUAAAUAAAUGAGCUUUAUUCGUUAA